CCCCGUGCCCGCCCGCCCCGCUGCUUCCCGGCCGGGGGAGCCGGGCUGGCGUUGCCCCGUGGGGACUGUCCCUUCAGACAGCUCUGGGAGCCACAAAAAGGGGUGGAUGGAGUUGAACCAGAGUUACAACAGCUCUACUUUGGACUAUUCAGAAGAUACCUUUGAGUCCUUCAGUGAGGAGGAGGAGAUCAAACCAUCUGGCUCCUGCUGUCCCACAGAGGAUUUGGAGGGCUCAGAUGUGUUGGAAAGCACAUCAUGGUUGGCAGGCCAAAGUCAUGCAGAGGAGCAAUCUGAAGGAGUGGAUUCUGCAGCUCUGGAAAGAGUUGCCAUAGGAAAAUGGAUUGUUGCCAUGGGAAGAUGGAGAGAUCUAAAAAAUAAAGAAGCUGAGGUUAAACAGGACAACUCUGUCAGGAAAACUCAUGGUGAAAUUCCUGAAUUAUUUGAUGGAGAACUGGAUGCUCUCAGGUCUUUUUGCACCAGGAAGAUAAAUGGGAUGAACCAGCAGCUGAGCCCUGAACAGGGAAACACGGGCAAGGCAAGGAAGCUGCAGGAUGGAGUCCCAGCAGUGAAAACUGGGACAAGAGAUGGGAACUACAUUGUUCCUGGUCAGCUGAUGAACAGAAUCCUCCUGGAAAACACCAGAGAGACUGUUAAGCAGGUGACAGAAGCUCAAAUCCACGAGGCUUCAUCAUGCCCUGACUGCCAGAAGAAGGAGGCAGAGCUGGCCAGGAUUGCCUUUGUCAGGAAAAAAAAGGCUCUGAUGGAAGGUACUUUAAUCCAAGAGAAACUGGAAGAACAAAUUUACUCCAGAAACAUGCUCACACUUCUAGGAGAAGCCCUCAGAAGCUUUCCCAAACCUUCAGAGGAUCCCAGGGCACUGCUGAACCCUGCCUGGGAGUGCACGGGAUGGGGGCAUCAUCUCUUAGGAGAGUGA